AUGAACAGCGAUGAUUUUAUGGAUGUUCUCCGAACGUGCUGCAGUAGGGAGCAAUAUGAUGCACUGUACAGAGAAUCUGUCGAAGAUCCACAAAACUUCUGGGCGAAAGUAGCUCGAGAAUUUCACUGGGAAGAACCGUGGAAGUCAAACGUGCUGGCUUUCAACUUCAACGUAGACAACGGCAAAGUUGAUGUCUCCUGGUUUGCUGGUGGCAAAACGAACAUGGCAUGGAACUGUAUCGAGCGAAAUAUCCAAAAUGGCUGUGGAGAACAGACAGCUUUCAUUUGGGAAGGCAACAACUUGGGCGAAGAAGGUAAAAAAACUUACCUUGAACUCCAGGCUGACGUCAACCGCUUGGCAAACUGGCUCAAGUCCGCGGGUGUCAAGAAAAAUGAUGCCGUCAUUAUUUACUUGCCUAUGAUCAUGGAGCUUCCCGUAGCGAUGCUUGCGUGCGCACGAAUUGGAGCAGUGCACUCUGUUGUAUUUGCAGGUUUUUCAUCAGAGGCGUUAGCGCAGAGACUUCUAGGAUGCAAAGCGAAAGUGGUGCUGACGUGUUCUGCCGUCAUGCGUGGGUCGAAACAUAUUAAUUUAAAGGGAGUUGUCGACGAAGCUUGCGAUUUUGCUGCCGCAAAGGACCACGCAGUUGACCACUGCCUGUGCUUCAUAAAUGCGAGGCUGAACAGCGACAACCAUCUAACGCAGAGUCGCGAUAAGCACUGGCAAAACGAAGUCGAUCAGCUACCUAGAGAUUGUGAAACAGAGUGGAUGGAUGCCGAAGAUCCACUUUUCAUGCUGUACACUUCAGGUUCUACUGGCUCACCUAAGGGCGUCUUACACACUACUGGGGGCUAUAUGAUUUAUGCUGGAGCUACAUGUGCUUCUGUAUUCAAUAUGCGCCAAGGCGACGUCUUUUGGUGUACGGCAGACUGUGGCUGGAUAACAGGUCAUACUUACCUGACGUAUGGACCACUUCUAAACGGCGCGACAUCUAUUGUGUUUGAGGGUGUACCAAAUUACCCGGACGCUGGUCGUUGCUGGAAUAUAAUUGACAAGUACAAGGUGAAAACAUUUUACACCGCACCAACUGCGUUGCGAGCCCUACAGCGCUACGGAGACGACUUCGUUAAAGCAUACAAGCGGUCUUCGCUAAAAAUAUUGGGUACUGUUGGCGAGCCAAUCAACCCGGAAGCAUGGCAAUGGUACUUCAACGUCGUGGGAGAAGGACGCUGUCCUGUGAUGGAUACGUGGUGGCAAACAGAAACAGGUGGACAUAUGAUUACUCCAUUACCACUUGCCAUUGAACAGAAGCCUGGGUCAGCCACCCUCCCUUUUUUUGGAGUUGAGCCUGUUCUACUGAAUGAAAAUGGAGUUGAGUUACUUGAUGAAGCAGAAGGCUAUCUGUGCUUCAAAACCCCGUGGCCAUCCAUGUUCCGAACGCUGUUUGCGGAUCACCAGCGCUAUGAAGAGUCAUAUUUCUCCAUGUUCAAAGGAUACUAUUUCUCUGGUGAUGGUGCCAAGCGUGAUGCUGAUGGUUAUUACUGGAUAACAGGUCGUGUUGACGAUGUGAUGAAUGUUUCCGGUCACCGUAUUGGAACAGCUGAAGUUGAGUCGGCGCUUGUCACUCAUGCAGAAUGUGUUGAAGCUGCCGUCGUCGGUAUUGAUCAUCCUAUAAAGGGUCAGUCGAUAUAUGCGUUCGUGACUUUACGCGAAAGUUGUGAGCUCACAAAUUCCACCAGAAAGGCCUUGGUCGACUGUGUAAGAGCGAUGAUAGGCCCCUUCGCAGCGCCUGACACGAUUCAGCGGGCGCCGGCUUUACCCAAAACACGGAGUGGUAAGAUAAUGAGACGAAUCUUACGUAAAAUUGCUUCUCGAGAAGAAGAAUCUCUGGGUGAUACAUCGACAUUGGCUGAUCCAACCGUGGUCGAUACACUCGUUGAGCUUCGGGACAAGUAA